AUGAAGCUCGCAAUCUUUAGCGCCAAGGGCUAUGACAAGAAGUACUUCAGUCAAGUCCAGGCCUCGCAUGAAAAGCUCUCCAACAUCGACCUAUCAUUCAUUGAAUUCCCCCUCUCACCUGAAACAGUCCAGCUCGCCAAAGGUGCCCAAGCAGUCUGUGCCUUCGUCAACGACAACCUUUCCCGCCCAGUCCUGGAGGGAUUAUCAGAGCUCGGAGUGACCACGAUUCUCCUCCGCUGCGCCGGCUUCAACAAUGUCGAUCUGGACUGCGCCAAUCAGCUCGGCUUGUCGGUCGCCAACGUACCAUCAUAUUCCCCCGAGGCAGUCGCAGAGUUCGCCGUUGCGCUCCUCCAGACGGUGAACCGCAAGACGCACCGAGCAUACAACCGCGUCCGCGAAGGCAACUUCAACCUCGAUGGUCUCUUGGGCCGCACCCUGCACGGCAAGACGGUCGGCGUCGUGGGCACUGGCCGCAUCGGUAUCGCCUUUGCGCGCAUCAUGGUCGGUUUCGGCUGCAAGCUGCUCGCGUACGACGUUUACCAGAACGAGGAAGUCGGAAAGCUCGGUGGCUCGUACCAGUCGCUCGAUGAAGUCCUCUCCAAGUCGGACUUUGUAUCCCUGCACUGCCCACUCAUGGACGCGACUCGGCACUUGAUCAACAGCACAACGCUGUCGAAGAUGAAGCCAGAUGCGAUUCUGAUCAACACUUCGCGCGGAGGUCUGAUCGACACCAAGGCGGUUAUAAAUGCCCUCAAGGCCAGGGAGCUAGGCGGUCUUGCGCUGGACGUGUACGAGGGCGAGGGUGCUCUCUUCUACAAUGACCACUCGGCUGACAUUAUCCAGGACGAUGAGCUGAUGCGGUUGAUGACGUUCCCCAACGUGGUUUUGUGCGGUCACCAAGCCUUCUUUACCGAGGAGGCACUGACGGAGAUUGCCGAGUGCUCGUUUAGGAACCUUGACGAUUUGGCCAACGGCCGGGAGUGCAAGAACUCGCUUGUGGCGGCCAAGAAACCAUUGUUGAGGAGGGAGAGUAUUCCUCACCGAAUCUGA